AUGGGGAGAGUGUCUUCUCCCUCACUCCUCCCUCUCCUCUUGUUUGCAAGAGUUGCAGGGCUUGCAGUGGCAGUUCUUGUCCUCAUCUGGGCCCUUGCCUUCAAAUCUAGCUUCCUCACUCCCUCACUCUCCCAACAAGACCUAAUCUAUGCAGUUCUUCAUCCUCUCCUCAUGGUCAUUGGCUUCAUCCUCUUAAGUGGAGAAGCAAUUUUGGUGCACAGGUGGUUACCUGGAUCAAGGGGGUUGAAGAAAUUGGUGCAUUUGUGGCUUCAUGGGGUGGCUUUUGCUUGUGGGAUCUUUGGGAUUUGGACAAGGUUCCAGGGACAGGAUGGGAUUGUGGCUAAUUUCUAUAGCCUGCAUUCAUGGAUGGGUUUGCUUUGUGUCUCUCUCUUUGGAGCCCAGUGGUUGAUUGGGUUCUGGAACUUCUGGCACCGAGGUGAGGUGCGCAGGGUGAGGAUAAGGAUCUUGCCAUGGCAUGUGUUUGUUGGGCUAUACACCUAUGCAUUGGCCAUAGCAACAGCAGAAACUGGUUUGUUAGAGAAGUUAACAUUCUUACAAACAAUGAGAAAUGUGAGCAAGCACAGCACUGAGUCCAUGGUGAUUAAUAGUUUAGGCUUGGGCCUUGCCCUCCUCAGUGGCUUUGUCAUUUUGGCGGCUGUGUCACCUAAAGACAAGAAAGAUAUUCCGCGUAGCAGUUUUGAAAGGCGAGGGAUUCGUUCAUGGGCAUUGGGUUUUGCUAGCGGCGCUGUCACAGUUGUGGGUUACCACCGCCACUGUGUUCAUUCUUUCCCUGCCCCGUCUUGUUUUUCCACUCUCAGUCCUUCCUCCACCCAAACGCACCGUUUCAAACUUCUUCCUCGAUUGCAUCUUCUCAGCAGUCAACACCCACCCUCUAACCCUAAUUCUCCGUUCCCACCAAAAUGUGGUCAGCAACAUCCUCCCCUUCCUUCUUCCUUUUCCUUCCGACCACCUCCCUCUCCCUCCCCCGUUCCCUCCGCCCCCUCUUCCCCCUCCCUCGCCGCCAUCUUUCCGCCUCCCUCUCUUGGGCCUCUCCCUCCCCCGACCAGCCCGAUGAAUUUCGCGGAUGGGGCCUCCCCGACGCCCCGGCCCAAACCAACAACAAAGGCUUCGGCACUUCGCUCGCUCUUCUACUCGCUGUUUUUGCUGCUUCCAGGAAAGGUUGGUUUUACUUUCCGAUUCGGGAGGCCGUUGCCAGGGAUGUGGAGUGAUGUGCAGACUCGGCGUGAUCAAAACGACACUCCGGAGUUUGACGUUUCUGGUGGCAGCAAGGCAACGGCGUCGGAGGCCAGCACGGAGGACUUGCCUGAUACCAUUACGGAAACGGCUGUAGAAAAGCCUGGGCGUGUUGUGAUCCCGGUUUCUGUGGAUUCUACCCAAGAAGAAGCAUUGUCAAUCUUAAAGUCACUGAAGAUAAUUGAAGAUGAUGUGGAAGCUAAUGAACUGUGUACAAGAAGAGAAUUUGCUAGAUGGCUAGUUAAAUUGAAUUCAUCCUUGGAAAGGAAUCCCAAACACAGGAUUGCUCCUAUAGUAUCUCUUGCUGGAUCUGUAGUUACUGCAUUUGAUGAUAUUGGUAUUGCUGACCCGGACUUUAGAUCCAUACAAGUUUUAGCAGAAGCCGGUGUGAUCCCCAGCAAAUUAUCCUGGAGCAGCAGUUUCAAUUAUAGUGGAUCUAACAGUCAAGAAAACAUACACUUUUUUCCUGAUAGAUACAUCUCCCGGCAAGAUCUAAUAGAUUGGAGAUCUCAGUUGGAGUACGAUUUCUUUUCUGGGGUAACUGACCAGAUAUCAAUUAGAAAAGCAGGUUAUAUGGAUGUGAAGGAGAUCACUUAUCCGGCAGUUUAUGUGGACAUGUUGGCAGGGGAUAGGAGUAUACUUAGAAAAGUUUUUGGACAGAGCAAGCGAUUUCAGCCAAACAAGCCUUCAACAAUAGCACAAGCAGCAGUGGCUCUGACAAGUGGUAGGAUGGAGGAGUCAAUAUCAGCUGAAUUGUCAAGAAUAGAAGCUGAUAAUUCUGCCAGGCAGGUUGAGGCAGAAGAAAUCAGAUCUGAGUUGCUUAACCGAGGAGAGAUACAGAAGUUUUGGGAUGAGAAACUUAAUGAAGAGAAAAAUCGUGGUUUUGAUGUUGAGAGGCUUUAUCAUAUUGAAGUAAAGAAUUUGGAAGAAGAGGAGAUCAAUCAAGAUAAGUUAUAUGCUGAGUAUUUAAAAGAAAGGUCAGCCGUGGAUUGUCAGAGGCAGUUGCUGCUUAGCUUAAAGAAAGAAGUUGAUGAGAUAUCAGAAAAAGUUGCAUCAGAGAGAGUCAUAUAUGUAGACGAAAGGCAUGUUGUACAAAAUUUGCUUAAAGAUUUAGAAUUCAAGCAUGAAGAAUUGCUUGACAUCAAAUCAACACUAGAAGCUGAAAAAGAAGCUCUUCAGAUUCUUAGAUCUUGGGUGGAGGACGAGGCAAGGAGAAGCCAAGCACGGGCAGCUGUUCUCGAAGAGGUAGGGCGAAGAUGGAAAUGGGAUGACCAAGCUUGA